CCGGAUGUUUUGUAUCCGAGAAGCUCAUGGGAGACCCGGAUGAUGUGAAACGCUGUUUUAGCCGAGUCAGUCCGUGACCAUGCUGGCUGACACAGAAGGUUCGUGUCCGUUUGUAGAGGACAGUUUUAGCCGCUUUCCGUCUCAGAGUAACAUCUACGGGUUGUGCCAGGCGGGGGAGCACGGGCUGCUGGCUGCCACUCUGAAAGGGAAAGUGGUGUGUUUCAGAUAUCAAGACCUGCAGCAAAAAAUCCGACCUGUGGCUAAAGAGGUGCAGUUUACCUACAUACCGGUUGAUGCUGAAAUCGUGUCUAUCGAUGCGUUUAACAAGUCUGCCCCGAACAGAGGCCUGGUGGUGGGAAUCACCUUCAUCAAGGACUCGGGUGAUAAAGCCACACCGUUCCUGAACAUCUACUGCGAGUACGAGCCGGGGUCAGAGUUCAACCUGGAGUCCAUUGCUCAGAGCUGCCUGAACCUGGAGCUGCAGUUCACUCCGUUCCAGCUCUAUCACACAGAGGUGCAGUACAAUGAGGGUCAGAGAGAGACUGUGUUCCUGCUCAGUGGACACGAUCAGCGCAUACACCUCUAUACAGAAAACGCUUCACUGCACCAGUUUGAGGAGCAGCCAGUCAAGCGCUUUUUCCCCGAGCUGACCGAUCUACCCAGCAAUGUGUUGUGGAUGAACGUUUUGAGUAUCGAAGGCGGUCGUCGGCUCACAGCGUUCGGCUGUCAAAACGGCUGCGUGGGGCUUGCGCUCGUCAACCAGAGAGGACCUGAAAUCCUGCAGAGUUGGCGUUUGCAGCAGGACAGUCCCAUAUCCACAGUGUUACUCUUCCCUCUAAAGGUGGCAGCACAGACCAGCAGCACAGAUGGGGAGCAGGUUAUAGAGUAUAACCUGUUGGUGAGCAGCACUAUAGAGAUGGCGGUGGUUUACAGAGAUGUAGAGCGGUGCGGCGUGGGCAGCCCGGUGUGUUUAGCAGGCAGCGAUCAGUGUGACGCCAUGCUUUGUGCCCUCCUUAUCGACCUGGACUUUGACGGGCAGCUGGAGGUGCUGCUGGGAACGUACGGACAGGACCUGCUCUGCUACAAGUUCCAGCGGCCUGCAGGCAAAGCAGAGGGGCAGUUUCAGCUAAUGUGGAGGCGGAGCUUCAAGAGCCCUGUGCUGUCAAUCAUCUACCUGGACCUGACUGGGGACGGAUUGAAGGAGCUGGCCAUUCUUACCAUAAAAGGACUGCAUAUAUUACAGCACAGUCUCGGCAGCACGGCCGAUCUCGUUCUGCAGCGGCUGGCCAACAGAGUGGCCAAGCUCUCCACCAUGCCUGAAACGCACGGACAAUGAACAAUGAGAAACUCGGGAGCACCUCAUCUAUUUGUGCACUACCAGAGACAUGGGCAGCCAUUUUUGAUCUGUCACACUCGCUAUGUUACCUUUUCUUGGAACAUCGUCUGUUUUAAGACAACGUUUGAACUUGACCUGUUGGAUGAGUGUAUAAGUGGCUGAGGGCCUGUGUGCUACCCAUACUGCACUGCAAGCAGGCAAUACAUUUGGAAAAAGGCUGCCAAAAGUGAGCUGGUUGUAGUUUUUUGCGUCUCUUUGCUCUCUUCUACUCGUUCCACAUUUCAUAGUGAUUUCACGUACUGACAAGAUGCUGCUGGCCGACAUAACAUAGCAAAAUUUAAUCAUCUGACAACACGGCGAAGAAAGGAAGCUUUCUCAAGAUGUGUGAUGCAAACAUUUUAUAAGCACUGUCUUAGUUUAUUUAUUUAUUUCAUUAAAAAUUAUAAUGUUAUGCAUCAUUGACAGCUCACAAAUAAACAAGUAAUAAUCCUUAAAUGAAACAAAUUUUCUGUUAUGUCU